CGAGCAACGAAAAUUCUGUAUUUUGUGAAAUUUAGGUGCUUCUGUAAUUCUCUGGCAAACGGACGUGUCGAGAACGUGUGCGUCGAUGAGCAAACGGAAAAUUUGUUAGAAUAUUCAAUUUGAUUAAAAACAACAAAAAUAAGAAAAAUUCAUAAAAAAAAAUUAUGCCUAAAAUAUAAAAAUUAUAUGUAAUUAGAAAUCCAAUGUAAUCGUUAAAGGUGGCCGCAAUUAUCAAUUAUUUUAGAAAUAAAUUAAUUAUUUAAAAAUAAAUUAUGAGAAAAUCGUUUAAGUGUAGUGAAAGUGUAACCCUUCCAUGUUUAUGGCCCCCCCUUGGUGAAACCUUUUAAGUGUUAAGUGUUUUUUAUCCAAAAAAUAAAAAAAACCCAAAACAAAACAAGAGAAAAAUCCGUUUUAUUGCUACGAAACCAUCGAUGUUUGUUGGUUGUUGUUGUUAUUGUAUGACCAGUUUUACAACCAUGCUAAGUUUUUAAGAAAAACGUUUUUAAAGCAUUUAUGUUUGGCGAAAACGAAACUCCCCUUAAAAUAUUUGCAACCAUUUAAUGAGGAGUCUUAGAUGUUGGUAAACCGAAACCCUAAUGCAAGGUGUAUCCAAAAGGACCAAUUAAAACCGAAAAAUAUCAAAUUUCGUUUCCAUCAAAAUUUUCUGGCCACAACAAUCGAUAUUUUUGUCCCCCAUACACAAAAUUGGAAAACUAAGGAAACAUCAAAAACCCAUUUAUAAUCCCCUGCCAGUAUUAGGCCAGGCCAGUGAAUGGAUGAUGGGCAUGGCAUGGCAUGAGUCUGCUCUCCCUUGCAAAAACAAUUCAUGAGUAAUUGUCACAUUAAUUGACACAGUUAUGGACACAGAGCCAACGCAGCGCCACACGAACUUCAUCACUCUGUUGGAGACACACUGCCAUAAACUAACCAAAGCAGCAAUCUAGGCUGGCUGCCUAGUGGAGACCCAGUCAACUUUAUUUGGUCUUCUUAACCCAUAUAGCAAGCAGCACAGACCACAUAGCCACCCCACCUACCACAUAGAACAGUAAAGGAUAAGCCAGUAAAUUGAAAAUAGACUUAUAGCCUACCAAACAUAAAAAUAGGCCAUCUUUUUAUAGAGUGUGCGAGCAAAAGAGGGGUCUUUGUUUUUGUUAUUUGCACCAAUAAAAUUCAUAGUCAUCAUCAAACUUCCAUUGUUGGCAACCAUCGCUGUACUGAACUUAAAACAAAUACUUCGACAGCGUUUCUUGUGGCGCGUGCAGAUAAUUCACCUGUAAGCCCCUGAGCCUACUUUGCACUGUAAGCAGCGGUAGUGAGUGAGUGACUAGCCGACAACAUUCGUGGAAUCAUUAGAACAAUUUGGCCAACACCAGCAGUUUUAGAUUUACCUACUUGAAGAAGCUGUCAACCGUACUGUUGUAAAGAAAAUAAACCACGGCCGUGGACCAUGCAUAACUCGAGCGGCGAUGAUGAGGCGCCUAAGGAUCCUCGGAUAGGCGAUCAGGAUUUUAGUCAACAAUUUACAGAAAAUGAUUUUGAAGGACACAGAGCACAUUCCGUAUAUGUGGGUGUACAUGUGCCUGGAGGACGUCGCCACUCUCAAAGGAGGCGCAAACAUCACCAUGGCAAAAGUGACAGCAGCGGUGACGAAAGACAGCCAGAAAUUGAAAGGCCAGUAACGCCACCUGCCCAAAGGGUACAAUUCAUCUUGGGCGAAGAUGCCGAUGAUGCCACCCACGUCUCACAUCCAUUAUUCUCCGAGUAUCUAACACUGGUAAAGGAGGGCGAUGAAAUCGAAUGGAAAGAAACAGCCCGUUGGAUUAAAUUCGAGGAAGAUGUCGAAGAGGGCGGCAAUCGUUGGUCCAAACCCCAUGUGGCGACACUAUCUCUACACUCACUGUUCGAACUUAGAACCCUGCUGUUAAAUGGCUCUGUGAUACUUGACAUGGAGGCUAACAAUUUGGAGCUUAUUGCCGAUCUGGUGUGUGAGAAUAUGGUGAAUGCCCGCACGUUGCCUCCAGACUCCAGGGACAAAGUUAAGGACGCCCUGCUAAGACGUCAUCGUCAUCAGCAUGAGUACAAUAAGAAAACAAAAUUGCCCAUUAUACGCUCACUGGCCGAUAUAGGAAGGAAUCAUUCGUCAUCGAAAAAUUUACAUGCCUCUACCAACUCAUUGCAUGUGAAUGUGUCCUCAACAGGACUAGAUAGCAAUGUGCUGCAUACAUCGACCUCAACAACGCAUUAUUAUACCACUAGUAAGGAUCAACGAGGUUGCUACCUUGCGGUGCCCACAGUGGAGGAGCAUCAUCAUAGCACUUCAUCGACACCGGGUCUAAUGCCAGCAUCGCCAAGUUCAUUGACAGCUCCAAAUAAUGGGAAUGGGAACAAAACCGAUGACAACCUAACAAGUUUAGGCGGACGUUUUUUGACCGUACCGGGUGGCAGUAAGACCCAUAAGACCCAAGUCAUGUCAAAUGAGGACAUGAUAAAGAGUCCCAGCAGCCAAUCGAUGCAGAGGAAUAGCAGUGGCAAUGAUCUCAACGACCAUCGCGGCAACAUGAAUUUCAUGCGUAAAAUACCCCCAGGAGCAGAAGCCAGUAAUAUAUUAGUGGGCGAGGUGGAUUUUCUGGAAAAGCCUUUGGCCGGUUUUAUACGUUUAAAGGAUGCCGCUAUAAUGGGUGAUCUUACAGAAGUGCCAGUACCCACAAGAUUCAUUUUCAUUUUGUUGGGCCCUCCGGGAAGUCAAAGCAAUUUCCAUGAAAUUGGUCGCGCCAUGGCCACCCUAAUGUCAGAUGAAAUCUUCCAUGAGGUUGCCUAUCGUGCCCGCAAACGUGAUCAUUUAUUGGCCGGCAUUGAUGAAUUUUUGGAUGCUGUCACUGUAUUACCUCCCGGUGAAUGGGAUCCCACCAUACGCAUUGAACCACCGGCCGCUGUACCAUCUCAGGAAAUACGCAAACGACCUCCCGAAGCGCCCAAAGAGGCUAUCGAUGAAGAGGAAAUUGAACAGCGUUUGCGCGAGGAAUCUGGUCUUUCGAGAUCAGGUCGGCUGUUUGGCGGCCUUAUAAAUGAUAUUAAACGCAAAACACCAUUCUAUGUGUCGGAUUUUACAGACGCAUUUUCCAUGCAGUGCAUAGCCUCAUGGAUAUUUUUGUAUUUUGCCUGUCUCUCGCCCAUUAUUACUUUCGGUGGUCUUUUGUCACAGGCUACUGGUAAAAAUAUGGCUGCCAUGGAAUCUUUAGUCUCCGGUUUUGUAUGCGGCAUUGGCUAUGGCUUUUUCUCGGGACAACCCUUGACCAUAUUGGGGUCGACGGGUCCGGUGCUGGUUUUCGAAACAAUUGUGUAUGAUUUUUGCCUUAAGCAAGGCUGGGAUUAUAUGACAUUCCGUUUCUGGAUAGGCACUUGGAUAGCUGUGAUAUUACUGAUACUAACAGCAAUAGAUGCCAGUGCUUUGGUAUGCUACAUUACAAGAUUUACCGAGGAGAAUUUUGCCACUCUUAUAGCAUUUAUAUUUAUUAUUAAGGCUGUUGAAAAUGUUUUGAAAAUAGGCAAAACAUUUCCGGUUAAUCAAACGAUGUAUGAUUGUGUUUGUACUCCGCCACUGGGUAGUAAUGCCACAAUUCUGGAUUAUGCCAAAUACAGUAAAGACUACUGUUUAGCCAACAAUGGAACCUUGGUAGGUUUGGAUUGCUCACAACCUGAUACCUCAAAUAUAUUCCUCAUGUCAGUGCUGCUAUUCCUUGGCACAUUUAUCAUAUCGACCAUUUUGAAGGACUUCAAAAACGCUCUCUUCUUCCCCACCGUUGUGCGCCAAUACAUUAGUGAUUUUUCGGUUAUUAUAGCCAUUGUUAGUAUGUCCUUCCUGGAUUACAUGAUGAAAGUUGAAACACCCAAAUUGGAGGUGCCACAUGAGCUAAAACCUACCUUACCGACACGUGAUUGGGUUAUACCACCAUUUACUGAAAACAAUCCUGCAUGGUCGGCCAUUAUAGCCGUCUUCCCAGCCAUGUUGGGCACCAUACUCAUAUUUAUGGAUCAACAGAUUACGGCGGUAAUUGUUAAUCGCAAAGAGAACAAAUUGAAAAAGGGUUGCGGCUAUCAUUUGGAUUUAUUCGUACUGGCAAUUUUAAUACAAAUUUGUAGUGUUAUGGGUUUGCCUUGGUUUGUUGCCGCCACUGUUCUUAGCAUAAAUCAUGUUAAUUCAUUGAAAAAAGAGUCUGAAUGUUCGGCCCCUGGCGAGAAACCCCAAUUUUUGGGCGUACGAGAACAACGUGUUACCCACAUCCUUAUAUUCCUUAGCAUUGGCCUAUCCGUGUAUUUAACACCCAUUCUGUGUCACAUUCCUAUGCCUGUGCUAUUCGGUGUCUUCUUGUAUAUGGGCGUAGCCUCAUUGAAGGGUUUGCAAUUCUUUGAUCGUCUGCUUAUAAUGCUUAUGCCAGCUAAAUAUCAACCGGAUUACAUGUUCCUGAGACAGGUGCCCAUUAAACGAGUCCAUCUCUUCACCAUAAUACAAUUGGCAUGUUUGAUAUGCCUGUGGCUAAUAAAAUCCUUCUCCAGUACCUCUAUACUCUUCCCACUCAUGUUGGUGGUUAUGAUAGGCAUACGCAAGGCUUUGGAUUUGGUAUUUACGCGACGUGAACUCAAGAUACUGGAUGAUAUAAUGCCGGAGAUGACUAAACGACAGGCAGCAGAUGAUUUACAUCAAUUGGAUGCUGAGGAUCACCAUGACAAAUAUGAGAAAUUCAACUCCUCAAUAAAUCCAGGACCCACCACCAUUCACAUUCCCUUAAGAGUUGAAUCCACCACCGAAACAACAUCAGGAAUGCAACCUAAAACUUUAAGUUUACCCCUAAAUGUACCCCAAGAGAUCCAAAGAAACAGCAUAUGGCAACAAUUGCACGAAGAUGGUGGCGGUUCCACUGAUCAAUUAAUUAUACCCAUAAAUUUUAAGGUGCGACAGAUAAAUGGCAGUCAUAAUAAUCAACGUUUAUCCACCAUGAACGAGGAAGAGGAAAUUUUAACCACUCCCAAUAGAGCCAUCAACGAUGUAUCAUCAUUGAGAAGUGAAGCAGCCAAUGCAAAUGGCACCAAUAGAACGCCAAGUAACGCGGAGCAAAGUAAAAAUAUUAUCACGCCCGUCUGAAUUGAAGUCAAUGAAAAUUAUCAAUAACAAACAUAACAUAGCAAGCAAACACAAAAUACGCUACAGAGUAAUAAAGGAAUGCUGUUUUAACUUUUGCUAGCUAUUAUUGUAAUUUGGUAAAUAAAAAUACGGUCAAUUAGUCUUAAAAUUUAAA